UCAGUACCCAGUUCAACGCCCAGGGUCUCCCUCUCUGCAUCUUCUUUCAAAAUUCCAAUUCCGUCCACAUUAAAUCAAGUUCUUUUUGUCUCAUGGCUGCACCUGGGAGUUCUAUGCUAUAUUCUUUUCUUCUGUUCGUUGCCACUCUCUCUCUACAAGAAAUGUAUAGAGUGAAGUUAGCAUCUUCAGAGUUAUUUACUAUUCUUGGAGGCUUUACCAGCUCUUUAAUAUUUCUAAUGUUGCUGACGUUCAUUGGAAAUUAUCAGGAAACAUGUGGUACCAGGACUGGUUGGGGUGCUGUUAUAUUUGCAGAAGCAGUGGCGCUUAUAGCUGCUAGCACUGUUCAUCGAGUUUGUAUCACAACCUGCUUUCUGUUUUCUGCUGGGCUAUUAUAUGAGAUCAACAAACUUUCGGGAAUGAUGCUUUCCAAAAGUGAAUCCAAAAGUAAAAGGUAUUGAGUUGAAAUUGUUGCCUUGGAGGAACUGCUUCCUUCAAGAACUCUCUUGGGGCUUUUUGUUAGAUACUUCUGAGAAGUUUGAAUAUGGAUGGUUAAAUUUUGUGGUUAUUAGAUGCUAAUGGGCCUUAUUAAUAUAUAGAUAUAACCUCAUUUGUGCGACUGCAAUGGUAAGAAUUAAAUGAACAUAUGAGGUGUCUUAUUUAUUUUUCAAUUUUUAUGUCAUACUUCUGUGAGACUUAUUUA